UUAGGAGCGCAAAACCAAAAAAUAACUUUUGUGCAAAUUAAUAUACGGCUUAUCAACAAAAGCGAUUCAUAGAGAGGUAAAAGUAAUUUUUCAAUAAAUAAAAAAAAUCUGAAGUACAGAAUUUACUGAUGAUCCCAUUAAUAUAACCCAAAAUCCAUAGCAGGAAAGAAAAGAAAAAAAGAGAACAUUUCACUUUUCAACACUGUGAUUAUAUGAAGGAAACUGGGAAUGCUUGAAAGUUUAAAACUGGCAAGAAAGACGUUUCGCAAAUCCCCGUUUGAUCUCCUCUAAAUGAGCGAACCAACAUUGAGCGGUGUCAAAGAGGAUGACAAUUUGGCCCUGGAGUACAACACUAAUAAUGUCAAAAAGGCAAAGCUAAAUUCUACACUAUCUGCACUCCUUGAUGAUCCGGUACUUGCUGAUGUACCCAAAAAGCCUACUUUAUCAGACGUUGACACCCUAAUCAGCCUGGAACUUGGCAGUGCUAUGCGUGUUUCUGUAAUCAAGUUGGACGGCACAUCUUUUGAUGUUGCAGUGAUGAAUUCUGCAACAGUCAAGGAUUUAAAAAUAGCUGUCAAGAAAAAAGUCAAUGAAAUGGAGCAGUCAAAGAUGGGUCAUCGCCAAAUUUCUUGGAAACAUGUAUGGCGGAAUUUCUGCCUCUCACACCAAAACGAAAAGCUUCUUAAUGAUGAUGCAAUUCUUCUAGAUCUUGGGGUACGUAAUCACUCUCAGGUGCAUUUUAUUCCAUAUGUCAUAUCAAGGGCUUCAAAGCGGCACUCACGAAGAAAAAAACAUAGAUUUUUUCAUGGUCUUAACAGAAGGGAAUGAAUUGUUGAUCCUUAAUUAUGUUUCUGUGUAUUAGAUGUGAAUGGGAUCAUAAAUAGAGCACUGGAUGUUUCGUCAAUUAUAGAAUUUGUUCUCUCACCCAAGUUCUUCAAGUAUUUUAGUAAACGCAUUUGACUGAAGUUGUAGCAUAAACACCCUUGUAUAAUAUUUAAAUUUAUAAUUUUUAGGUUACCAGGUAGUGUUUUUCUGGAAA